AAGAAGGGAAAAUACUCACGAAUGGCAAAUCGCCAUGCAGAUCCUGCCACGUCUGGAACAGGGCCGGCGUAUUCAGGAGCGGGUAAUCAGCGCCCUUGUACACUGGGAUGAACGACGAUAGAUUGCCGAGUUCCAGAAGAGCCAAAGCGUGCAGACUUGCCUGGAGGGAUCAAGUAUUGGCUGUGUUUGACACUAAUCCAAGGACUUCCCACCCCGCAUCGAGAGCUAGAAGGAAGGGUAUAAAUGCUAGUGAGUACCAGUCCUUGUCGAGGAUCACUUUGGGAUUGGCGGCCAUGACUUCGGCUGCAACUGUAGCGGCACUUGUAGUGAGGCUUAGCACGAGGAUUUGUCUGGUCAGCAUUUUGGCCGAUGAGGAUAGUAUACUUCUUAAAAGGGUGAGGGAGGUUGCAGUCCUAUGUUUUCUUCUAGACUACUAUUUGAUCGUUUUAUGGACAGUCGAAGCAGUGAUGUCACGCGACAUCCUCUAUGCAUUGUGGAAGUGCUAUGAUUGGGAUAACGUUACGAUCGUGCUAUCAUGGCGCUGGAGACUAGCCAUGUGACGAUGUAACGACAUCUAUGAAUUACCGAAAACGGAAAUAUUGCGUUCAAG